AUGUCCUCUGUAUACUUUUCAAAGGAUACAAUCAUGCCAACUUUUAAGUAUGGAGUUACCUUAACAGAACCUUCUAACUCCAUAUGCAAAAUUUCGUCCGACUUAUAUCAUAAACACGAUAAAAAACUUGAUUACAAUGACCUAACGAAGAAAGGUCGUAAUUACUGCCCUCAAUAUGGGGAAGGAUUCCGCUCCCCCAACCUCGGCUGUGGAAAAUUGUCGAAAUCUAGAACUAAUAAUUCACAAACAUUAUAUGAGAGGUUGGAGGUCAUGGAGAAACAAGUGAGAAAACUGAAAGAGGAAGUUUCAUCUACAAAAGAAAAAAUCAAAUACUAUGCUCUCAACAAACUAAUAUUGGGCAUAGCUAUGCAUUAUCCGACGACAAGUAAAGAGAUUAUACAAUUGAAAAGGUUGUAUUGUUUGAUUCGUAACAACCAAAAUGACCCGAACUUUGUUGAAAAGUGGUUCGACAAUCUCAUGAAUUGGUUGAUGCUACUUGAACCAGGCUGCGAAAGAGAACCUGUUAAAGAUUCUUUCGAUUGUCAACUCUGGAAAAACAUUGAUUCGUUGUUGGAAAGUUACGACCAAAGUUUUUUGCCAUCAACCAUUCUGACCUCCUCACCUUUGGUCUCUGUAAAUCCUUUCGAAUUUUUUUUAGAUGAUUUAUGUGUUUUUACAAACUCUUCACUCUUUGAAACCAGAGUUCAAGAUAUCCCUCUCGAUUUUAAUUCCAUUGAUUACAAUGCGGGAACCCCAUCGACACAGAUGUUUCAGGAAGCAUUAGACGAUAAUAUACAACAAUUAACGGUCGAAAAUUUGUCCUUUCAUUUCAAAGGAGUUGAACCUGAACAAAAAAAAACAAAUUCAGAGAGCAAAAACACAGAUAAAGUCAAUAAUAGUGAUAACACUUCAAAGGGAAGCAAGAGAAAACGGAAACAACAGGAUUCAAUUUCAAAAAGAAGAAAAAGCGAUUCAAAACCUAAAAUUAGGAUAAUAUACCCUCCUCGAAAAUAUACAAAUGUCAUUUUUGACCAAAAAGAGGAAAUUGUGGAAACGGAAGAAACCAACUGGGCAUCUAAGUGUAACAUCUCAUAG